UCUGCAUCUUUGGUCGCUGUGAUCCGCCUGAAUAGCAGACCACACCUCAUCACUCGGUCACUUCAUUUCUGGAUAUUCUUAUUUGUUCCCUGCCGGAAGACCUACGCCCUCGACUUCGAGACCAAGUCAUUUACGGGUGUAUACCCUCAAUCUCCACUCUUCCACCUCUCUCCAGCUUCUUUUCAGGUCAAUUGGCUGCAUCUCCCCACCAUGCUGUACCGCAACGUCGCCGCCCGCUCCGCGCUCCGCGCUAUCUCGAGCUCCAAUGCCUUCGUGGCUCGCUCCGCUCUGGGCCACCAGAUCUGCAAGGCCCAGAUGACCUCGUCCGCCCGCAAUGUGAUCCGUAGCUCCUCUCCGCGCUUCGCGCUUACCGCUCACAAGCCCGUUACCACCGCUCUUGUGCGCUACUCGUCUACUUCGGCCAAGGAAGAGGAAGAUAUUGAUGUUAUGGCGGGUAUGCGAUCCGAGGCGAAAGUCAUCAAGGAGACCUUCAGCUUGACCCAGGUCCCCAAGGAGGCCCUUUACCUCGGUAUGGCUGGUGUUGUGCCCUACCUGGCCACCUCCCUGCAGACCGUCUUCCUCUCCUACGAGAUCAACCGCGCUGCUGCCCUUGGUGAUGGUCUGAUCUUCUCUGGUCAGUCUGCUGAGCUCAUGCUGCACAUGCUGGAGCCCAUCCAGGUCGGCUACGGUGCCGUUAUUCUCUCCUUCCUCGGUGCCGUCCACUGGGGUCUUGAGUGGGCUGGCUACGGCGGCAAGUUCGGCUACCGCCGUUACGCCGCUGGUGUGAUCGCCCCCGCUGUCGCCUGGCCUACUCUGCUCUUCCCCGUCGAGUACGCCCUGAUCAGCCAGUUCCUCGCUUUCACCUUCCUCUACUACAACGAUGCUCGCGCCGCUGCCGCUGGCCGCGCUCCCCACUGGUACGGCAUGUACCGUUUCGUCCUGACCUUCGUUGUCGGUGCCUCCAUCGUUGCUACCUUGAUCGGCCGUGAGCAGAUUCAGCAGACCCUUACCUCUGAGCACAGCAUCAAGGACAAGAUCAACGCUCUGAUCUUCUUGCAGAAGAAGGAGAAGGAGGAGGCCGAUGCCCGCCGUCGCAGCGAGCUCGAGGAGGAGACCGACUAA